UUUUAUUUCCAUAAAUUCCAUAAACUUCUGAAAUCACGGAAACAUGUGGUCACCGUGCUUUCAACCUCUUGCUGUUUACUCUAAAACCCAAACUCCGACCCGUCUCUCUUCUUCUGCUUCUGCAUCUGCAUCUGCAUCUUCCUCCGUAUUUGUCUCGUCUGCAAGACUUUGUUUUAAGGUUCUGAAAUUCUACACAAUAUUCAAAUUUAGCUUAUUGCAGUUGUUUCCAUGGCGGCAAGCCUAUCAGCUGCCAUUACCACUAAACCCUUCCGUUCAUUUCUAUCUAAUUCCCACCAAACGCCGAAGCCAACGCCACUUUUCCAUCCUUUACUUCACUUCCAAAAACUUACCUUUGGAGCUCGAAGGAAGACAAGCUAUGCUGUUUGCUUUGUGCUGGAGGAACGGAAACAGAGAACUCCGCCGAUCGUAAAUAUCGUAGAAGAAGAAUCCGAUGACGUUAGAGAUCCUCAGAUCUUAAUACCCACACGUGUGGCGGAGAAGUUAGCUAGAAAGAGAUCGGAAAGGUUUACGUACCUUGUUGCAGCUGUCAUGUCUAGUUUUGGGAUCACUUCGAUGGCUGUUAUGGCCGUUUAUUAUAGGUUUUCUUGGCAAAUGGAGGGUGGAGAGGUGCCUCUCUCUGAAAUGUUUGGUACAUUUGCUUUAUCAGUUGGUGCCGCUGUAGGCAUGGAGUUUUGGGCCAGAUGGGCACAUCGAGCUCUCUGGCACGAAUCUUUGUGGCAUAUGCACCAGUCUCACCAUCGACCUAGAGAAGGUGCGUUCGAGCUAAACGAUGUGUUCGCCAUAAUCAACGCCGUCCCAGCAAUUGCUCUUCUCUCUUAUGGUUUCUUCAACAAAGGCCUUGUCCCUGGUCUUUGUUUUGGUGCUGGGCUUGGCAUUACCGUGUUCGGAAUGGCCUACAUGUUCGUCCACGAUGGCCUCGUCCACAAGAGAUUCCCGGUUGGGCCAAUUGCCAACGUUCCCUACUUCCGGAAAGUUGCUGCGGCUCACCAGCUCCAUCAUUCAGAAAAAUUCAAUGGUAUCCCAUAUGGGCUGUUUUUAGGGCCUAAGGAACUGGAGGAAGUGGGAGGGCUAGAAGAAUUGGAGAAAGAGAUUAACAGAAGAAUCAAAUCAAGCACCGGUUCAUGAUAAUUCUACUGUUCAAGGGGGACCCAUUUUUGAGCAAUUGUCAAUGUAGAGAAAUAAUAUUGUCGUUAUCAUAAAUGGAAAAUGAUUUUGGGUUGGAUUUCAAUUCCCAGUAGAAAAGCAUCCCGUUGUUUCCUAUUCCUAGUAGAAAGGCAUGGAUUUCUUUUCUUUUCUUUAUUUUUUUUUCUCUAAGGAAACAAUGGACAAAGGUUCGAGGAAAGAAUUAGAG